UGACAAGCACUCACUGGGCUAAAUUACUUCAUUGAAAGGAAACCUCAUAUUAGACAAAAUUUUUAAAACGUCUCGCCUUCAGAAGUUACCAAACGAUGAAUGCCACCACUGCCCCACCUGCAGAGGGGUCCUGCCCCCGGAACACCCUCAUAAUCCAGCAAAUCAUCCCCGUGCUGUACUCUGUGGUCUUCGUGGCCGGGAUCCUGCUCAACGGCGUGUCCGGGUGGAUAUUCUUCUACGUGCCCAGCUCCAAGAGUUUCAUCGUCUAUCUCAAAAACAUUGUCGUCAGUGACUUCCUGAUGAGCCUGACUUUUCCUUUCAAGAUCCUGGGAGACUCGGGCCUUGGCCCCUGGCAGCUGAAUGUGUUUGUGUGCAGGGUCUCGGCCGUGCUCUUCUAUGUCAACAUGUAUGUCAGCAUCGUGUUCUUCGGGCUCAUCGGCUUUGACAGAUAUUAUAAAAUCGUGAAGCCUCUUUUGACUUCGUUCAUCCAGUCCGUGAACUACAGCAAAGUCCUGUCGGUGCUGGUGUGGAGCCUCAUGCUGCUGCUUGCCAUUCCCAACAUGAUCCUGACCAACCGGAGCGUCAGGAAGGCCACACGCAUUAAAUGCAUGGACCUUAAGAAUGAACUGGGCCUCAAGUGGCACAAAGCCUCCAACUACAUCUUUGUAGCCAUCUUCUGGAUUGUGUUUCUUUCCUUAGUCAUUUUCUACACUGCUAUCACGAGGAAAAUCUUUAAGUCCCACCUUAAGUCCAGAAAGAAUUCCAUCUCGGUCAAGAGGAAAUCUAGCCGCAAUAUAUUCAGCAUCAUGUUCGUGUUUUUUGUCUGUUUUGUACCUUACCACGUUGCCAGAAUCCCCUACACGCGGAGCCAAACAGAAACCCAUUACAGCUGCCAGUCAAAAGAAAUCCUGUUCCACGUGAAAGAAUUCUCUCUGCUAUUGUCAGCUGUAAACGUAUGCCUGGACCCCAUUAUUUAUUUCUUUCUAUGCCAGCCAUUUAGGGAAAUCUUAUGUAAGAAAUUGCAUAUCCCAUUAAGAGCUCAGCAUGACUCAGAAACUUCCAAAACCAAAAGGGGAAAUGUAACACAAGAAAGCACAGAUACUUUGUGAAUUCCCACCUCCUUUUAAAUAAAGUCUGUGCAUGCAUAUUGUAAUCUUCAAUUACAUAAUAAAGAAAAAUGAAUAAGAAGC